UAAUUUGUUAAAGUAUUUAAAAAUAAUUAUUCUGUUACUAAUAUUUAAAAAUUAGAUUAAAUUAUUAAAUUUAAUUCUGGCUUUGAAUCACGUUGUCACAGUCGGCCAUAUUCAUUUGCAGCAGCUGAUUUGUCAGUGAUUUUUAUCCAAUAAAAAAUUAAAAAAAUGCUGUCCCGAAGAAUUACGGUGACAAUUCCAAAAAUUAUAAAGAGAAAUAUUGGAAUUACUGCUCCAGCUUUGCAAACAGCGACUGAUCCAAUUCAGAAAUUAUUUGUUGACAAAAUUAAAGAAUACAAAUCAAAGAGCUCGGGCGGUAAACUAGUUGAUGCAUCGCCAGAAUUAGAGCGGGAAAGAAAACAAGAAUUAGAAAAAAUUGCUAAACAAUACGGUGGAGAUGGUCAAACCGAUAUGACUCAAUUCCCUCAAUUCAAAUUCACAGAACCGAAAGUAGACGUUGGUAGCUCAAAUUGAAUGUAGGAAUGAAUACCAGGAAGUAGAAAAUGGGAAAAAUUUGAAUCCUCUAGAUUCAUGUGGAUUCGCAAAAAAAUGAUCGGAAUCUUUCUCUACGUGUACAGUUCCUUUUUUCAAUCAAUCAUUUAAUUUCAUUUUUGUUUAACUUAAUUAUACUGUCUCAAUUAACCGUUGUAUAAUGAUUUUUUUUUGUCUCAAAAAUAUAUAAAUAUUGAAAAAUUGA